CAAAAUAGCGGAGGGUUAGAAGAGGGCCAGAAGUAGCAAUGGCUACGGCGAUUGGCGGCGCUCGAAGAGCCCUCGCAGGCCGAGGGAUCCCUUCUUCUCUGAUCUCCGGUGCCGCAACUUCGAGAGCUUUCCCAUCUUCUUCUGCUCGAACUCGGGCCUUCUCUCGGCUCUCGCGCCGCAAGCUUCCUUCUGGAAUCUCGAGGUCCACGGUUGAGUUGGGUUGUGCACAGUCUUUGAUACCUUUUCACAGCGUUACUGCUACGGCAUUGCUCACUUCUAUGCUCUCCGCAAGGCCUGGAGGCUGGACUUGGCUUUCAGAAGGAUUUGCAACACCUCUAUGACAUCAGAGAUAAACAUGAAACAAAUGCCGUGCCGAGGAUUGCUGGGUUUGUUUAUUGAUCAAUGUGCUUACUAGAAGGCACCAUUGCUCUAAACGAUGAUCUUGGAUCUUCUCUCUUCUAAAAUAAAUGUUAUGUUGGAUUUCAAUUCUUGCACAGCAGAAAUAUCUCAACAGUCCCUUUCCGGUCUUGUAUUAUGAAAGUGCGUCGCAACCUCCUGGCAUAGUCAUUCUUAUAGUGGUUGAAACUUCUUAUCAUAUUCUCAGGAAUAUCCAUCUGCAGCUGUUUUCCUUUUUGUUA